ACAAAACUGUUGGUCGAAUCCACCAGCAUCAACGCCAACCAUUUAUGGGGGUGGCCGCGACGCACUUUGUGUGGAUGUGGAACACCUUCAUUCACUCCAAGAAAAUAUUUAUUAGAAUAUGUUGGAGCUGGAGCAUGGGGUGUCAACACACGCAUCAAUCCAUUACGACUCUUUCCCACUUCUGACUAGUGAUCCGCACUAUAUAUAGAGGGCGUGUGGAUCUUCAACCUUGUGCUUUCAUCAUGAGACUUUAUAGCUUCUGCUUUGGCGUCGCUCUGUUUUGGGCGGCGUCGUUUCUUCUUGUGGAGAGUAGUGAUGCACAGAGGAAUAAUGGAGUCUAUAUCGUCUACAUGGGAGCCUCGCCUCCCACGCCUCAUCAUUCUCAGAUUCUCACCUCUUUGUUAACAAGAAAGAGGAAGUCCGUGAUACAAACCUACAGCAACGGCUUCUCGGGUUUCGCGGCUCGUUUAACAGAGCAAGAAGCGAAAUCAAUAGCUGAAAGAGAAGGAGUGAUCUCAGUUUUCCCCGAUCCACUUCUGCAGCUUCACACCACUCGUUCAUGGGAUUUCUUGAAGUAUCAAACUGAUUUGAAGAUCGACUCUGCUCCCACCUCUUCCUCAUCACCUGGAGAUGACACCAUCGUUGGCAUCUUAGAUACAGGAAUCUGGCCGGAAUCCGAGAGUUUUAUUGAUACGGAAAUGGGUCCCAUCCCGUCACGUUGGAAGGGAAAAUGCAUGGAAGGCCAAAACUUCACUUCCUCCAACUGCAAUAAGAAAAUAAUUGGAGCAAGGUAUUACGGAGACGACGAUGAAGACGAGGAGAGCGGGACAAGUCCAUCCGGCACGCCACGUGACGCGAGCGGGCACGGCACCCACGUGUCGUCGACGGUGGCCGGGAUGGCUGUCUCCGGGGCGUCAUACUACGGGCUAGCAGCGGGGAACGCGGCGGGGGGCUCGCCACGCUCGAGAAUCGCCAUGUACCGCGUGUGCUUAGCCAGCGGGGGAUGCCUGGGAUCAGCCAUACUCAAAGCAUUCGACGACGCAGUUGCUGACGGCGUCGAUGUUCUGUCCCUGUCGCUAGGAGGCUCGCCUGGCGCCCCAGAUUUCGACACGGACCCCAUCGCCAUCGGGGCCUUUCACGCAGUCGAGAAAGGGAUCGUCGUCGUCUGCUCCGCUGGUAACAGCGGCCCUUACUCUUCAUCUGUCGUCAACGUCGCCCCUUGGAUCCUCACCGUCGCUGCCACCACCAUCGACCGCGAUUUCGAGGCCAGGAUCCUUUUAGGAGGGAACAAGAUCAUCAAGGGCGGAGGCAUCAACUUCUCCAGUCUGAACAAAACGAGCGUCUAUCCCUUGACAGAUGGGCUCUCUGCAAAGUCUGCUUCAACCAGUUUCAGCGAAGAUGAUGCGAGAAACUGCAUACCGGGGUCACUCGAGGAGGCCAAAGUGAAGGGGAAGAUCGUAUUGUGUGAGAAUGGGGAUAAAGAAUACCUAGUAAAAGAGAAGUUUAGCUCCAUCCGGGGCGCAGUAGGGAUGAUCGUGGCUGAUAACGACCUCAGACAAGUAGCAUCCAAAUAUGGAGUUUCUCCUAUUUCUGCUGUCACAAAGGCUGAUGGAGCUCAGAUACUAUCAUACAUCAACUCCACCAGCAAUCCGGUGGCAACGAUUCUCCCCACUGAGGUCAUACCCGAUUACAAGCCGGCCCCCGUUGUUGGCUACUUCUCCUCCAGAGGCCCUGCUUUCGGGAUUAGAAACCUUAUCAAGCCCGACAUUGCAGCACCCGGGGUAUCUAUUCUGGCAGCGUGGCCUUCACACGACACAAGAGAGGCCCUCCCGGGGAAGGAUCCGCCCGUCUUCGACAUACUGUCGGGCACAUCCAUGGCCUGCCCUCAUGUUUCGGGUCUAGCUGCAAAUGUCAAGUCUCAGCAUCCUACGUGGACGGAGUCUGCCAUUAGAUCAGCCAUAAUGACAACAGCAAUUCAAACAAACAAUCUGCACGCCCCAAUCACAACAAAUGAUGGAUCAAUAGCCACCCCUUACGACAUUGGAGCAGGGGAAAUAAGCGUAGCGGGGCCGUUGCAACCGGGCCUCGUCUACGAGACUGAAUCCAUAGACUACCUCUUGUUUCUGUGCAACAUGGGGUAUGACACAGCCGUUAUCAAAAGAAUUGCAUCAAGUCUUCCUAGUAACUUUUCUUGCUCGGGCAGCGCCAAAGCCGACUCCAUCUCCAACAUGAACUAUCCCUCCAUAGCUAUAUCGGACCUCACUGCAAAUGCGAACAAGACAGUGACCAGAAGAGUGACCAACGUUGGUGAGGAGGAUUCCACCUACUCAUGCGUCGUGGAGGCGCCGGCUAGUUUGGAUGUGCAAGUGGUGCCGGAUAAGUUGCAAUUCACCAAGAGUGUUAACAAAUUGAGCUUCCAAGUGACGUUUAAAAUGGCUGCGAAUUCCAAGGAGGACUUGUUUGGGUCGAUAACAUGGUCUAAUGAAAAGUAUAAAGUUAGGAGUCCUUUUGUUGUAAGCAACAAGAGUUAGACCAAGAAUAAUGCACGGCAAUGGAUGUUGCUUAAGGAUUUGUGAUACGGAAAUGGAAAAUGAAGAGAGCGUUAUUAUGCAA